UGAUUUCUUGUGUAGUAUUCGCACAGGCUGUGUGUGUGCACACAGUGUUUAGAGUGGCUUGGGAAACAUGAGGAAACGGUAACAUUAUCUUCGUUCCUGAUUGCUUGAGCUGGCUAAUAUUGUAAAGCCUUGCCGAGUUUUUUGCCAGUGGUGACUUCAAAUCAAAUCCUCAUCGUCCUUGAGUACACGUCGUCUUGUUUCCUGCACAAGUUGGUAAAACAGAGAGGCCUUCAUAGCUGAAAUGCCAUUCGAGCAAUCACCGUCGCUUGAAAAUACCCUUCCCGACUUGGGAAACAGAGAUUGAAAUCCUUCGUAGAAGUAAUGAGCACAGCUGAGCUGAUUAGGAAAAAGUGUAAAAUCUUGUUAGCGCCGGACCGUUUGGAUUGAGUAGUCACGUUUUGGCCCCACACGAAUAUACGUGUACAAGCUCACAGCUGAUGCUGCUGAUGAUAAUGAUGGUGUUACCAUAGCUCCCGCAUCACCGAGUGUUUCACCGCAUCUUUUCUCCUCCUUGCAUUAGCAGCCUUCAGUGUGGGUUGUUGACCCAGUGGUAUUCUGCACAUUCGGAGAAAUGGCACGGCCAGGCAUGGAUGUAUCCCAGUUUUCCCCUGUGUACAUCAGAACGCACCGAGACUUUAUCCAAAUUUAAGCUCUCAAGAUUGGAUAUCAUCAGUACAUCUGCUGAAUAUGCCAGACUCGCGAGAUGGUGCACUAUAUGAACAGAGUACAUACAGUACACAUCAUCAGUGGCCUAAAGCACUAAGGGUCAUAACAGGUUACCUGGUGUAAGUGACUGUCAAAAUGCUCUACCGCACCAAAGGACUCGGGAGGAAUGGUCUAAUGGUUCUUGCAGAAAGCCACCCAAGCUUCGGAUGUAACUGAAUGAGUUUGUUUUGAUGUUCGGCAGUUUUGUUGGCUUCAAAAAGCAUUUCAUCCCGGGGAUCAUGCACAGCGUUUAGUGAUAAGCAGUGAUUGAACCAGCAAUGAUGUAUGUAGCAAGAGAUGCAAUGAAUCAGUGCAUAAGUUAAUGCACUCUUCUGUAUUUUGCCCAGUUCUGAGUCAAGCUGUUUACAGUUGAUACAGACUACAAAGGAGGAAGAGGCGGCAAGCUACUCUGAAGAUGGCGGAGAGCAGAGACUCCGCUGCUGACGAGAGUCCGAGCUCCCCAAGCUCGCCCUCCCCGCGGCCUCUCUUCCGUCGCAUGCUUGCGAUGGUCACCCCGCGGAGUAGCCAUCACCAUCUUGGAGUAUCCAUGGACGGCACAGGUGACCUCUCCCCAGACAUGAGACCCAGAGCUGCCUCGUCUCCAGCCUCUGCCUGGUCUGGCCACGUGCCCAGAAUACAGGUAACGCGGUCCGGAGAGAACUCCCCUACGGAGGGGAAAAGCCCACGGUCUUCGCCGCUUAGCUCUCCUGACACUGAACGGAGUAAAGCAUGGAGCAUUGGGACAAAACCCAAAAAGUACAAGUAUCUACAGUGCCGGCUGAAAAGUUCAAGAGAGAAGGCAGGUAGGUACUAA